GCAUUCUGAUUGGACGAAAGGAAUGUCAGUCCUCAACAUUCAAGGAACGUUGUUGUGCGUGCCCUGCAGAGUACUUGUCAACAUUAGCGAAUGUUCAAGCUACAUUUAGGCCGGAUUUAAAACCCACACCGGAUCUCUUCUGCUGCUAGUGUUUCAGAUGUCAAAGUACAAACUCUUUCUGCUGAGGCAUGGAGAGGGGGCCUGGAACAAGGAGAACCGUUUCUGCAGCUGGGUCGACCAGAAGCUGAGUGAGGAUGGGGUGAAGGAAGCCAAGGACUGCGGCAGGCUCCUGAAGGAGCAGGGAUACAAGUUUGACUUGGUGUUCACCUCAAUACUCAGCCGCUCUAUCCAGACAGCAUGGCUGGUGCUGGAGGCUAUGGGUCAGGAGUGGGUCCCUGUUAUCAAGUCCUGGAGGCUUAAUGAACGCCACUACGGUUCCCUGAUUGGACUCAACCGGGCAGAGAUGGCUCUAGAACAUGGAGAUGAAAAGGUGAAGUUGUGGAGAAGGAGCUACGACAUCACUCCACCACCCAUAAAUGAGUCCCACCCUUACUUCCUGGAGAUCUACAAUGACCGCAGAUACACCACUUGUGAUGUGCCAAAGGAGAACCUUCCCCGAGCUGAGAGCCUGAAAGAGGUGUUGGACAGGCUGCUGCCAUACUGGGACAGCACUGUGGUACCAGAGAUAAGGAGUGGUAGGACUGUGCUCAUUUCUGCUCAUGGAAACAGCUGCAGGGCCCUGCUGAAACACCUGGAAGGUAUAUCAGAUGAGGAUAUUGUCAGUGUGACUUUACCUACAGGGAUACCUGUGCUGCUUGAGCUCGAUGAAAACCUCAGGCCUGUGAGACCUCGACAGCUGCUGGGAGACCAGGCAAAGAUUCAGGCAGCCAUUAAAAAGGUGGAGGACCAGGGAAAAGCCAAAUCGUCAACUUGAAUGCAUUAAAACGGCUGUAGGACUUCAUUUGCACUGAUCCGCCACAACAUUUAAAUCGCUGAAUGGUGAAGUGAGUAGCAUCGAACGUCUCGUUACAUUGCAGUGGUCUGCUUGGAAAUCUUGGGUCCUGGCAUAAAUGUGGAUGUUACUUUUAAAUUUAGUACCCACGUUAACAUCGUUUCAGAUCAAGCAAACUCCCCUAUUGCACAAAACAGCACUGCCAGACUGCCCCUUCAGCAAGAUAGUGUGCCUGCCACACCUCAAAAACUGCUCAAGAACAGCUCAAGGAACACAAGAAAGGGCCUAAGGUAUUCAGCUAGCCUCUAAAGUCCCCAGUGGAGCCAGGGGAUACAAUGGAACAAGACAGAUUGAUAGAGCCACCCCACAAUCCACAGAACCCAGAUCAUUUGCUGUCAGAGCUGUCUUAGCAGCAAGAAGACGACAAACAUAAUAUUAGGCAGGUGGUUUUAAUGUUGUGGCUGAUCGGUGUGGCUCAGUUCUUGUUGCCUGUGUGCACUUUUUAUUAGAUAUGGUGAAACUCCUCGACAGACUUGAAUAACUCAUUAUUUAACAUUGAACAUUAACAACGACAGACAGUUGAUUUAAAGGAUAAAUGUAAGUCUCAUGGUGAAGUUGCUGUAUGUGUAAUAGUGGGCUAAACCUGUAUACAGUAUGUGUGUGUUGUAGCUCAGACUGGUUCUACUAGGGCGACAAAAAGUUCUAAGUUGUACUGUAAAUGUUUCUGCACUGUGUUGAAUUGUGUUUUGUGUAAACACCGAGGAAGCUUUUAGUCUAUAUGUAAUUUUUAAGCUAACUGCACCUACUUCUGCCUGUAGGGCGACUCUAAAUUGCUUAUUUAUUUAUUUACACAUUGACUCUACUGUGCAGAUUUAAGGCAAUUUAGUGAAGCUUCAAAAUCUUUUACUAUCCCGUAUCCUUCCUUUUUAAAAGAUAUUUUUUGUGACAUUGUUUAGCUUUAGAAAUACUCUAUUGGAUGUGCCUUCAGUAUUAGUUCAGCUAUUUUUCAAAAGCGUCUUAUAAGUAGAGUAUAAACAAAUCUUUUAUUUAAGAAUAAAAACACUCCUUUAACAAAUCUUACCUCAUAAACAUUGAUAGCCAGGCUGUUGAUUCCAAGGAUUGGGUAAUUGUGAGCGUUGGAAAUGCUGUAAAUAUGCAAAGCCACUGAAAUCCCAUGCAUAUGAGUUACUCAUACUUCUGAAUGGCCUGCUCAGUAAGUCAGACAGCCGAGUCUGUUUUUCUGUGUGGUUUAUACAGUACAUUAACUCUGACACAGAAAAGGUUGAGUUGAAAACACUGUGGCUUGCAACCGUGGGUAUGUCGGUAUGAUAACUGGCUUAUGCUUUGCACAUUUUGGAGGGGAUUUUAUAGGAAUUUAAUAUAAGAAUCCCCUCAUUAAUGCAACAACUGUGAAUGAUAAAUGCUAUUAUUUGAUAUGAAUUUAAUUCUAAGUGUCAAACACAAGAACUAGUUUGGUUUUCAUUUUUAGUUCCUAAAUAUUAUCUUAAAUGCACCAUUAUUGUCAGUAAUGUGGGUGAAAAUGUUACAAAAUGUCCUGCUUGUCACUGUUUGUUUAUACAGUUUGUGGCACAGGCUACUUUGUUGUAUGUGUGUAUCUUGUAUGCAGAUGUGAAGCACUGAGCGUUGUUUGUGCCUCCUGUUUUCUCAGUUUGUUGUUGUGUUGCUCCACCGCUGUUAUUUUGUACACUGGUUUGUUAGGUCAAUGGGGGACAGGGACAGGUUAAAUAAACAGUCAUUUGUAUCUACUAAUGAGUAAAAAAACACUGGUAGUUUUGUAAUUUCACGUAAAUGACUAAAUUUCUUUCCUGCUGUUCUCACCUUCUCAUUUGAGAGUAUGCAUGAUGAAAUAAAAUUGAAUUCAAAUUUU